AUGUCGCCACGAAAGCGGAGACGUGAAGAGGCCUUCCCAGAAGAAGAAGAAAUUUCUCAACACAAUGGUGCGUUAGAAGAUGCUGCCGUAGAUGAGAAGGAAAGGAGCGAGAAGGAACAGGAGGUUUGGGACGCGAUCAGAGAAAUUCAUUACGAAGCUCUCGUACAAUACAUCAGCACGCGGCAAGCCAUCGCGAAUGGGUCUUUUGAAUCGGGUGAGAAAGCGACCACGGCGAUGGCUGUCGGUGAUAAAGACGGUACGGCCUGCAACGGAAAGCCCACCGGCCCACCGAACUUUGCUCUAGCGACGCCGCUAACACGGCUGCGAAGUGGUGACGGCCAGUCGUCUGCGGGGCCAUUCAUUCCCCUGCCCAUGCCGCCAGACAGGCAAAACCCGCCGCAAACGACUAUAGAACUACUUUCUUAUCUUGCGUGGAUGUCAGAAGAGCUAAUACGUGCCUCUCAAGAGAAAGUCAAUCUCGCUCGGGCAAACCAUGAUUCUGUAGAACGACACAUCCAGCUCCUCGACCAAGCCAUCAAGGAGCAAGAGGCGUCGUUGUCGCAAGACUCAUCUCGUGGUAACAAUGGCACUUCUAUUCGCCUUCCAGAAGUGGUGGCCCCACAGUUGCCCAAUCGGAAUGGCCGCCCUGCUCAAAGCUCUUCGGAUGAUGAUCCGCCUGUAGCCACUGAGAUCCCACCUUCGGUACCGGAAGCUGCUAAGUCUUCCCAACGCGGGUCUAGAAAGAAAGGGAAGGUUCCUGCAGACAAACAGAAACCAGAUAAAGAGGAAUCAGGAAAAGACUCGGCCUCAUUAACUAUAACCCUGCCUGCUACGCAACCGAGCGAAGAAUUGUACUGCUAUUGUAAUCGUAUCUCUUUCGGAGAAAUGAUAGCCUGUGAUAACGAAUCUUGCGAGAAAGAAUGGUUCCAUUAUGGUUGUGUUGGAUUGACCGAGCCACCCGAAGGCGAAUGGUUCUGCGAAGACUGCAGAGUCGAUGAGGCCUAA